AUGGGGCUGGCAAUCGAUGCCACAGCUCAGCGACUUCUGCAGCAGCUUUUACAUGCGGAGCCCAACGAGGCCUCUGGCACUUCCCGCGCGCCUUUGUCCUGCGAAGAGGUCGCCUUGACAGACGCGGUGAAGCCACCAGAGGAAAACCCGCCACCAGGGGAGCCAUCGAAAGAGGUGUCCCAUGACGUGAUGCCGGCUGCCACGCUGGACACUUUGUUCCAGAAGGUCGCAAGCCUGGAGCAAAAGAUAUGCAAGCUCCUAGGUCAGUAUUUUGUCGCACCUGCGACAAGUGCGAAGAAACAGAGCAAGGUAAAGAGAAAGCGCUUUCUCACAUCUUGUUCCACAAGUCCAAAGACUGCCUGGAAGAAGCAGAAGGUCCAGGAGAUGUUGUCUCCAAGGUGCAUUGAAGAUGAGCAUGUGCGCCGGAAUCUCGACUGCGAGUUCUUUCAUGUGGGCGAUGAGGAGGCCGUGGAUGACCAGCAGGACCACCAGAAGGACCACCAAGAUGUUUGGGGCCUUGACUGGGGCGCCUUUGAACCGGUACACGUGCUCUCUGACCCUUGCAAUUCCAGUGAUUCCAGCGCCACAGCCAACAAGGCCCAGCAAGACGUGCAGAGUUCGCUUGGUGACGGUGGUUUGGAGGACGCAAUCUCUUCGCAAUCCUUGCCACGGAGUUUCAGUGCGGAGGAGACCUGCGCGACGGCAUGUGCCGAAUGCCCACUUGCUGGCCCUGGGGAAUGGGAUCCGUAUAAGCUCCUCUUGCCUGGCUUGCUGCCGUACCUUGAUGUGGAUGAUUUGAAGAACUGGCGCCAGGCCUCCCAGCACACCAGGAGCCCGAAGGUCCUGCUAGAGCACGUGGCCGAGAUAGGCAGCAUGGCGAGGUCUGAGGCAGUCCUGACUUAUUGGGACUCCUGCAAGCUGUUCGUCCGGUACCGCUUCUCUGCCUUCGGAGCGGAUGCCGAGCGAAGGAAGCACUUCGAUUGCUGUCGGUGGUGCAUGGAGGUGCUGGUCAAAAAAACUCAUUUUGCUGCAGCUGACGUCCAUCGGAUCGUUGGGAAGAACAUUCGGGACUUACUUCAGCACUGCCGCCACGCGGAUGCGUCCUUAUGCAAAGCUGCCCACAUAACUCUUGAGAACGCCAUGUUUAAAGGGUGCUUCCCGUUUGCACGGCAGCUGAUCGCAGAAGGCAUGCUGGGCUUGAUGGAAGAAUUUCUUUCGGACCCCACCGACAUCUGCGACCUGACCUUAACGCAGGUGCUGAACUGCGCGAGCCAUUUCAGAACUGUUCUGCGUUCACUUUCCAAACUUCAGCGGCAACAGUGGGCGUCCCUGUUGGUCAGAACUCUACACCUUCGGCCCAAGCAGCUCCAACAGAAACUAGUUGAGGACCUGCAGAUCCUUUGGCGAACUGAUGAUGAUCCCAGCCGAACCUUCGCCGAAGAAGAGCGGCAGCUCCGGAUAUUCUACAAGACCGUGAGCUCUGAUUUGGAGCCGAAACUGGCGGAGCUCAUUUGGCAAUGCUGA